GGAGCUGGCAAAGGUAGGAAGCCUGAUCCAGACGCCUACCUGGCACCCUGGCUGAAGGGGUCUGGUAGGGGCUCAUAGACAGGGGGUACAGGAGACAGAAACUGAGAGAGACAGAGGGGGUGCUAGGGGGAGGAAGGAAAGGAGAUGGUGAAGAGAGAGAGAAAGGGAGAGAGAAAGUCAAAGAGAGGAUGGACAUGGAUGGAGAGGCAGAGAAACACAAUAUCCUGUCUGCCAAUGUCUAUAUGGCUUUGUUCAUAAUUGCAAAAAACUGGAAACAAUCCAAACAAUAGCAGGUGAAUGGAUCAACAAACUGGCACAUCCAGACAAUGGGACCCUCCUCAGCAGUAAGAAGGAAUGAGCUAUUGAUUGAAUCUCAUGCUAAGUGAGAGAAACCAGACUCAAAAGGCUCCAUGCUCUAUGAUUCCUUUUAUAUGAUUCUGGAAAAGGCAGGGGCAGAACACAGAGCCAUGGUGGCCAGGGACUGGCAUGGACUACAAAGGGGCGUAAAGGAAUUCUGGGGGGUGAGGGAGAUGAUCUGCUUCCCAACUGUGGUGGUGGCUCUAUGAGAUUUGUCAAAACUCGAAAACACGAAAAAGGGUGAAUUUUACUGUAUGUAAAUCAUACCUCAAGAAACUUGCCCAAACAAGGACAGAGGAAAGAGAGGGGAGGCUGGAGGUCAGGAGGAAGGCAGAGAGGGAGAGGAAAGACAGCACAGGGAAGAGGGCCUUAGUAGGUAGGGAACUGCAAGGGUGGUAAGAACCCCUGCUUCCGCCAUGGCCACAGCCCUACCAGCUCAUAGUGGGGGUUUUCCCAGGGCCAGGGGCCCUGAUCCAGGAAUCUCCCCCCUUUCAGCCUGGGAGCUCUGUCUCUACUGGUGGGGGGAUGUGGUCUUGGGCUUGGGCCAUCCCUGGACCACAAGGCUUGAGCCCCCACUGUAGCCCUGCCUUAGGGAGUGCCCAUACUCCCGCCCCAGAUCCUGUUACCAGGAUACUGCAGGGGAAAGCAUUUCCUGCCUAGAUGACUUGGCAGCUCCCACUGCCAUGGAGACCAGCUUGGAAGCUGGGAGGGCCUCAGUCUCCUUGGGCUGCUCUGACCCACAGGCGGGAGGAAGAGGAAGCCAAAGGGACCCCUCUACACCGGUGGGGUCCAGCCCCAAGGGUAGCCAAGCAAGGACCUAAGCCCGGAUCCACCCACCCAUUCCCACACACAUACACAUUUCCUGGCAGUGCCAUCCCUCCCUGAAUAGAUCUCAGCCGUAGAUCCUUCCUUAGUUGGAAAGUUGGGGGUUAGGGGAUCAAAGCCCCCACAUCUGUCUCCUCUCCCCUGCAGCCAUGUUUAUCAAAGUGAUGUUUGGAGCUGGCUGCUGGGAGCUGGUGAACACUUGGUGCAGCCCGGUGACCCUCACCGCCCACUUGAGGCAGAGGGGGCAGGUGCCCCCAGAUGCGGUCAUUGCCCUCCUGGCUGAGGAUGGGCACUUUGUGAGUCUGGAUGAGGGACUGGAGGAAGGGGCUUCCCAGGCCCCUUCCAUGGGCAGUGCCCUGCUGCAGGAGCGUGGGACCUAUGUCCUCGUGCAGAUCAUCAAAGGGGAGGGUGGGGCCCCCACCCGCUAUGAGUCCCUCCUGGAGAACCUGGAUGACCAGUAUCCAGAGCUAGCAGAGGAGCUUCGCUACCUGUCAGGCCUAUAUCCCAUGAGUGAUGGCCGGAAGAAGCGCACAAGCACUCGGCGUGGCCACCAGGAGCAAGGCCCCUCUUCAAGGCCACGAAGGAUGGGCUCCCUGCCAUCCAGGAUCCGCUAGCUGGGGCCAGAAGCCAGCCAGGUCCUGUGAUCUGGCACAUCACAGCCAAGUGGCUGAGCUGGACUCUGAUCCAAGGGGGUUGGCUGUGACCUCUGCCGUGUGUGAUCAGGCCCAAACAGCAGCCCAGGGGCAUUCUUCUUGCAGAAUCUGGACUUACUGAGAAGUUGCAUCAGCCCGAGGGGCAAGGUCACAGACCGGAUGUGAGGCCACCAAGGGGGGCCCCCCAAGAUGUGGGUGCAGAGAAAGGGAUCCAGAGGCAGAGAC